AUGACUAUUGCUGCAUAUGCGUAUGAAACAAAUGAAGCAAGAAGAGCACAUGAACUAGUAAACGAAAACUCAACUUUAACCAUUGAAGGCAAUGAUUUAGUCAUUGACGAUGGAAAGACUAAAAAAGUCAUUGAUUUCGAUACUUUUAACACUUAUGACCCAUUCAUUACAAUAAGUAAAGUUCCUAUCAUAAAUGAUGGAACGGUGCAAUAUAUAAAUUCUACAGUAGAUGCCUCAUUAGUGAAAGUAUUAAAUGUUCUCAUUGAAUUGUUAAAGAGCUUUCGAUUUGACGACAACAUUAAAUGCCUAAAGAAUUUAGUCAUGAAUGAGAAACAAAUUCUCGGCGUUGCUGGUAGCAGUAAUGAUGUACACCUUAUGACAUUAGAAUAUUAUAACGAACAUAAAGAUGAACUGAAAGGAGAGAGGGGUGACACCGGACCUCAAGGACCACAAGGAAUACAAGGAAUACAAGGACCUCAAGGCGAGAACGGUUUGGAUGGUGUAGAUGGAAAGGAUGGAAAAACUGCUAAAUCAUGGAUAUGGAACCUUAUAAAUACUGGUUUAACAGCUGCUUCAUAUGGAGUUCUUCAAUACCAAAUCGGAAAGAUAUGGGCAGUACUUGGUGAAGAAGUUUUAGAUGACGUUAAAAAUGCUUUGAACUUCAUUUCAAAUGGUUCUGAUACUAUUAAAACUUUAUCUGGUUGGAUGCAAGAAACAAGGAGUCAAAUAGAUACUGUAAGACGUAUAGCAAACAAUGCACGUACGGGAUUGGAUACUUUACGAGAAGCACAAAAUACACUAAAGGAAGCAAAUGAUAUUCUUGGCUCAGUAUCAGACAUGCAUGAAGAUUGGCUUAAAGGUAUUGACAAAUCUUUAAAAAAUCACAGUCAGUCUAUUGCUGACUACAAGAAAAGUAUAGAUUUUUUACAUAGUGCUAUGGACGUACAUGAUGGAAGCAUAAGGAACUUACUUAAUGCUAACAAUAACUUACCAGGAACUAUUAAAGCAUUUAUAAAGUCCUUUGUAAAACCUGGUGCUCUAACAUUUAGGUCUUUGAGAGCAAGAGCAUUGAAGUCAAGAGAUGCAGAAACUCCAACAGAACCUACAGAAGGAACUGAAACAACAGAAACUCCAGAAGAACCACCAAAACCAACAGCUAAUGAAAUAUUGUUCGAAUAUUUUCCAAGGUACUCUGUUCUCAUUGCAUACAUUCAAGAAAUACUUAAGAAAGCAGACUUGACUUUAGGAGAUGAUGAAAGUUCUGUAUAUCUUUCGUUCCAGUUUCAAAUAGCAGAACUUUUGAGACAGAUAUGCUUAAUGUAUGACAACAUCUCUGAUUUCACAAGAUAUGAUGACGACCAUGACCCCGAACACGGUGAAGAAGAAGUUUUACAAACAUCCAUUAAGACAGGAAAGGUUUUAACUCAAAGUCUCAUUAUUGACACCAAAGAUGGCGAAGUGGACGUUCUUCAAGAGCUGAAGAAAAAUACUUCUUCGGGAGGUGGUGGUAGGCAUGAACUUGAAAUAAAUGAGAUAGAAGAGAAAUUAGCCGAAAAAGCAGAUAAAAACCAUGUUCAUUAUAUAAGUUCAGACGAACAGAUUAUAACGGACUACCAUGGAUAUUUAACACAGGAUGAACAAAUAAGCACUGAAGAUGUUAAUGAAAGAAGAUAUAAAUUCAUUCGUGCUAAAGGUUAUGACAUACACUGUACUGUACAGUAUGACACAGGUAAAGCACAAGAAGCAUUUGGUUAUAACGAUGAAAUAUACGCUUCAUACUUCUUUGUUAACGGUGUAUUAGUUGAACCAAGAUUUAUGUUGAGAGUUAAGACAAAAAUAACGUUUGAAGAUGCUAUUAAAAGUAAAGCUGACAAAGAUGAACUUGACGCAACGAACAAAGUUUUGAAAUCUCAUAAACACAAUAUCUCCGAUAUAAAUGAACUUCAAGCUACAUUAAAUAGUAAAGCUGACAAGAACCAUACACAUAAAUCCUUCACUACUGUUAGAGCAGACGACAUAAUAUUGAACUAUACUUUAGGUUCAAGUGCACCUUUAGAGAAUCCGAGUACAAGCGUAAAAGAUACACUAAACUCCUUAAAUAGUAAAUGUAUGAACAUUGAAGGUCAUGUCAGAAACUUUGAAACACAUGAACUACCAACAAUGUUAGAUAAGAAAGCUGACAAAACUUAUGUGGAUGCAGAACUAACAAAGAAAUUUUCGAAACCAGACACAAUGACAUUCACAACAGAAUUUAUAAAUGGUGAACCAGCAACUCCAUUUGAAUUUGUAAGAGGCAUUCAACCAGAAACAUUUGAAUUUUUCUUGGAUAAUUCUAUAGAGCUAACAUUACAUUAUAAAAGUGGAACAAAUGCAACAUUUCAUCCGGGAGAUAUAUUCCAAAUGGUAUUUAAUGACAUAAGUUCUUUAGAAUAUAUUUAUAGAGUUAUGAGCAUAUAUGAUUUAAUAUAUCCUAUAGGAGCUGUUUAUACGUCUAUGAAUCCAAUAAAUCCAAACACUUUAUUUGGUGGUAGAUGGUAUGAAAUAGUUGACAGUUUUCCAUUCUACACUAAUACGCAGUCAAUGAAGAUGGGAGGUUCAAAGAAAAUAGGUAUUGAAAACCUUCCUUCACAUAUGCAUAAGUUCAGUGGAACAACAUCUGUGGAAGGAAACCAUUCGCAUCCAAUGACAAAAAGAGGUUAUACAAAUCUUGCUGCAGGUUCUGAUAGGCAAGGUAUGAAUAGAUAUGAUAUCACAGAUGACCCCAAAGAUGUUAGCACAGGUAUUUUCUGUGGAACUGCAGGAAACCAUACACAUGUUUAUGCUGGCAUUACAGACCCAGCAGGUAAUGGAAAAGAUUAUAUGCCUCCUUAUAUAACAAUGCACGCUUGGAUACGAGUUGGUUAA